CUUUUCCUUAAAGUAAAUGUUUCAUAUAUCAUAUCUCUUCCCCUUUGUCUAGUUUGUGUCUCAGAAAAAUCCAGGUUGUUGGCAAAUAUGCUGUUGAGUGUUCUUCUCAUCUAACUUCACUUUCUCCAUACUGUCUGUCAUCAGGCUGUCAUGAAGUUACAGAGAAACAUAUUGAAUGUGGAUAAUAAAGCCUGAUCGGUCAUCAUCAUCAUCAUGCCAUUUGGGUUUGUCUCAGCUUGGAACAAGAGACGUAGAACCAAGUUUCAGGAUCACACAGACCCUUGGAUAUAUAAGCCUGUGGAGUUCUGGCAGAUUGAAGAUCAAGCACCUCGGCCAACAAAGAGGAGGCAUGGAUCAUCUGUGUUCACACUCAGAGAGAUGGAAGAGGCAACAUGUUCAUUCAGUGAUGAUAAUUUGCUUGGAAAAGGAGGAUUUGGCAAAGUCUACAGGGGCACUUUGCGUUCAGGAGAGGUUGUAGCGAUCAAGAAAAUGGAGCUGCCAGCAUUCAAAGAAGCAGAAGGAGAGAGAGAGUUCAGAGUGGAAGUGGACAUAUUGAGCAGACUGGACCAUCCAAAUCUUGUUUCCUUGAUAGGCUAUUGUGCUGAUGGAAAGCACAGAUUCCUGGUUUAUGAGUAUAUGCAUAAUGGCAACCUCCAAGAUCAUUUAAAUGGCAUCACAGAGAGAAAAAUGGAUUGGCCUCAACGGCUGAAGGUGGCACUGGGAGCUGCAAGAGGGCUUGCAUAUCUCCAUUCAAGUGGAGCCGUUGGGAUUCCUAUUGUGCACAGAGAUUUUAAAUCCACCAAUGUUCUCUUAAAUGCUAACUUUGAAGCUAAGAUUUCGGAUUUUGGGCUGGCCAAGUUAAUGCCUGAAGGGCAAGAGACUCAUGUCACAGCUAGAGUACUUGGUACCUUUGGCUAUUUUGAUCCUGAGUAUACAUCGACAGGGAAACUUACUUUGCAAAGCGAUGUUUAUGCAUUUGGUGUGGUUCUCCUUGAGCUCCUAACUGGACGCCGAGCUGUAGAUCUUAACCUGGGUCCAAACGAUCAAAACCUCGUAUUGCAGGUGAGGGAUAUAUUGAAUGAUCGGAAGAAGCUGAGGAAGGUGAUAGAUGCAGAGAUGGCGAGAAACUCGUACACCAUUGAGUCCAUAGCCAUGUUUGCAAAUCUGGCUUCAAGAUGUGUCCGUACUGACAGUAGUGAGAGGCCUUCCAUGGUAGAUUGUGUGAAGGAACUGCAACACAUUAUUUCUACAAAUUCAAGAGGCUUGGGAAUGGUCUUGCAUACUUUCAGAAUGAUCUAAGUGCGUUAAUUAGUGUUAGUUAAUUUCUCCAGCCACACCCCUCCUCAAGUGUCUGAAACUUCUAAACCAAUGAGGCUAAAAUGGAUGAGGAUGCUGAUGAUUUUCUGGUAUUGAAGUGAUCCAAAGUUUCAUUUCAUUUAUUGGAUUUGAUAUAGGACAUUCCUAAAUUUUUGUGUUUGUGUUUGCCUGGAUCACAUACAUGUGAAAGUGAAAGCCUUGGUUAAUUUUUCUUUGUUCAAUCCUCACGUACGGGCUUUGGA